GAUGGCGGCAAAGUAUGGGAAAAGUUUUCAGUUGUCCUUACAACGUGUUUCCGAGUCGCAAAUCUAGUCGUAUACGUAAGUUUUCGGAAAGUUUUACUGUAGAAUCAGUUAAUGGAAAUGGAUGUAAGGAAAUCAGGAGAUCCAUUCCAAGUUGAUCCAUUACCGAAAACAUUUUAUCAUCCAUCAAAACAACGAGAGCUAUCCGAGGACGAAAGAAAGCUUUGUCUUAGCCCAGAUAAUAAAAUGGAACACUUUAUCAAAAACCCUGAGGAUGAAAAAUUCCUUCGUAAGACAAAUCAGAUGAGGAUACACGAAAUACCAACAAGAGAAAAUGGAACUACAGUGAUGGACCAUUCAUCUUCAUCCAAAUUUGAUGAGUCCUGGCCAAGUACAGAGCGAGCAAUGGUAUCAACUCCUGAAGUAGACACUGAAACCACAGAAACAAAGACCCCCUCCAGUGAAGGAGGAACAGGCUUUACAAGGCAGCUUCUUCCCAACUCCACUUUAGCCAGGUAUAUACACCGAUUCCGUAAUAAUCCACCAUCAAGCCGUCAGGAGCGAGAUAGGAUGUAUUUGGACAGUGGUGAAGGAGGAGAAUUCUGGUGGCUGUCUCCUUCUCCUCCAAGUAGCUCCACACCCAAAGAUGGAACUCCAAAGGAGAGAAACCUGCCUUUCCCACCUCAGAGUCUCUCUCCAAAACGGAAAAGAACUACUGCCCGGAGGACUAGUUCAUCUCCAACAUCUCCAGUGUCAAAAACCAGAAGUACUUUGUCACCUUCAACCAAGUCAUCGUUUGAUGGACUUGACCUUCAGACAGCAGAACUACAACAGAGAGCCAAAGCACUGCUAGAGAAAAGUGAAAGCACACUGGAAACAUCUUCAACUGAUCUUCCCAUUCCAUCAAGAAGGGCCCAUUGGGAGGCUCCCAAGAAGAAACCCCCUAAAGAAGCACCAUUCCAAGCUCCCUCGAAACCAGCCCCAAUACAACUCACAGACAACUUGACUCAACGUCAGCCUCAUUCUGCUCCUCCUCCAGAGGAAGAUAUCUUAUAUCAAUGGAGACUGGCAAGAAAAAUAGAAAGAGCUCAAGAACAUGUGACAAAACGGGGGCUUGCAAGAAGUACUUUUUUGUUAGAACCCUCUCAACCUAGAUUUAUUGGUGCUAGACCAGAGGAGUCUCUGGGUUUGUUUGGUAAGGCAAGAAUACCCAAACCCACUUCAGCUCUGUGUCCAUCUGAGAGGGAUUUUCUAGAUCCACAAUCAGGAUUAGAAGUAUCUGAUCUUCCUUCAACCAGGAUGCAAACAAGGCUUGAAACACCUUUGACACUUUUGGCUGAUCAAGAAGGGAGGUCUGCUAGAUUAAUACCACCUCAUCCCAGCACCAUGCUUCUACCUGGAGCACCUGUGGUGAGUGCUGGUGCUGCACAGGGUUCACAGCCUAUAACUGAGACUGAAAAUGAUGCUCAUGGGUCUGGACCAAGAACAAGUGUGCCUUCUUCUGAACAAAUCACAAGACAAGAAAUUUUGGGGCAAGGGCAGUCCAAGCUGGUCCAGGAACAGAUGCAAUUUGAACAAGCAGAUGUACCAUCUCAUGUGCAUCUUUCAUGUGAUAUCUUGCCAUGUCCUCAUCAAAAGGCUCUAAUUGAAAAAGGAAGGUCUGAUCCAACAAUGAAACUCCCACUGAGUUACCCAGUAGUGGAGUUAAUGAAGGAAGAACUUGCCUUACCAGAAAGAGAUCUUGACAGAGUUAACAAACCAAGUAGAAAAACAGUAAGAGAAUCUCACAAGAAGCAUCAGUUAAGGGGAAAAGAUACAACUGAGGACAAACAGAAGAGUCAAAUUGAGUCACACCAUGUUGAACAAGAUGGGCAGAAAAGAAGAGCACAUCAAAAACAGAAACCAAAAAGGGAAGUCUCAAGGGAGACUACAGCCACCGAUGUGUUGACUGGUGUUAUUGGAGAGGUUGUCUCACAGAGACUCUUUGCCACUCCACAAUCUUCCACAAGCAGUUUGACAAUAAGUGAUGACAGCUUACAGCAAAGAGAGUACCAUGAACAACACCACAAGGAUACUGAGGAAAACUCCAAUCCUGACAGCAACUCAGAUGAUAAUGAAUUCCCCGAUGAUGAAGUGUUGAAGAUCUUACGUCAGAGACAGAGAAAGUAUAGAGACCAGCUUAGACAAAUUGACAACAUCUUAAAUCAACAAUCAAGUGAUCAACCACCUGCUCGUAAAACAAAGGACAACUGAGAUGACAGAGAUUCUUUAAUAAAUGAGUUAAA